AUAUAUAUAUAUAUAUAUUGUACAUGGCAGUGAUUGAAUGCAUUGAAAAAGUUUGUUGUGUAAUGAUUAUUAUCGGUAAUGCAGUAACACAGAGUAGUAAUUUCAUCAUGGAACGCAAUAUACUUAAUUAGACUUAAAAUAAUAAAAUUAUUAAAUUUAAAAAAAUAAAAAAUAAAAACUAUAGAUAAUUUCGUAAUGUGAAUGAAAAGAGAAUUAAUUUUGGCAGAAGUGCUUUGAUUAUUACCGGAUGUGCAGUAAUGUCGUGCAGUAAUGUCGUGCAGUAACGACAAUAUAAAAUUCAGUGAUUUUAAUUGGACGAAAUAAGUGCAAAAUGCACAUAUUUAAAAAUAAGGGCAUUUUCGUCAUUCAACUUUUAAUUAAAAACGUUAUUUUAUUUUAUUUUUGGAAUUUCGGUCAUAUAAAAGUCCAAAAACUAGUUAAGUUAUAGAUUGAGAAACUCAUUAAGUUUUAGUCAUAUUCUAGGAAAUUUCCGUAAUAGUAAAGUAGUAUUGCUAAAUUUAAAUUAACAAAAAAAGAAAAGAAAAGUUCAACAAAGUACUACUACGUAUGUACUCCCUCCGGUUCUUAUUAAAGUUCUCAUUUUCCCUUUUGGGAUGUCUCUUAUUUAAGUUCACACUUCCAUUUUAGGAAAUAAAACAAUGCAAAACAGUGCAAAACAGUGCCAAACAGUGUCCAAACAGUACCAAACAGUGCACUCCACAGUAAAGUCAAAUUCAUUUUCUUAAUAUGUGUGAAGUCAAACUGGGAACUUUAAUAAGAACCGGAGGGAGUAUGAUGUAUCCAUAAAUUUUAAAAAAAAUAUGUAAAGAGCUUGGGAGGCAUUGCCCUUUGAAGUGUGACAGCUUGUGAUUGGACAUCUAAUGGACCAAUGGAAGGAGUGUUGAAGAAAAAAACAAUGUUAAAUGUACAAUUUUUGCAUAAACAACCAUCUUAAAUGUACAUAUUUUUGUAUAAACAAUACACAUUUUAUUUGUAUUACAUGUAUUUAACAUAAUAUUAGAGGUGACUUUUCAUUUUUGCAUACGAAUUGUCUUUGACAUUAAAUGACAGAUCAAUUGCCCCGAUAUAUAUAAAAUGCAGAAUGCUUAUUUUGGGGAGCCUUCCUGGAAUAUAGAACAUGCAAACGACAGAGCAUAAUAGAUCACCUAAAUGGCCAACCAUGCAUGUGCUACAGUGUUAAAUUCUCAGUGUGAAAUGACUCUAAGGGACUUGGUCAAGAUGUAGCACUGAGCACAGACUUCAAAAGAAAAAGGACUCUCGGCGAAAAAGAAAGAAAUGGGACCGAUUUUUUUCUUUUUUCUUUUCUUUCUUUCCCACCAUUGUUCUUUUCUUCUAACCACACCUUUCUCUUCCAUUGCUUCCUUCUUUACAGUUUACACAAUCCAACCCUCUCUAUCUCAACAUAAAAGAUUUAAUCCUUUGCAGGAAGUUAAGAAGUAUCUUGAGACGAUAGCCGCUAAAAGUGGGGAAAAGAUCAGUUUCUGUUUUUUCAGAGAUUUUGGGGUGUUUCUUUAAUUGCCCUUUCUCCCAGAUUUUGUUUAAUAAAUAAAGUGGGGUAGAGCUGGAAAAAGAGGACAAGAAGAAGAAAUGGGUGUUCAGCUGCCAGAUGUUGCAGUUGAAAUGAGGAAAGUUCUAAUCUUUUCCAUCAAAACAUGUUAUAAAAUUGUUUCCAGCCAUCCAUUCCUAGUGGGGUUGCUUUGUUUUUUGGCGUUACUGUACAGAUCAUUCCCUUUGGUGUUUUCUGUGUUGGUGUCUGUAUCUCCUGUUCUUAUCUGCACUGCCAUUCUCCUUGGAACUUUAUUGAAUUUUGGCAAUCCAAACAUACCAGAGGUUGAAAAGGAAGAAGAAGGCAAAACAAUUCAUGAUCAUAUAGUAUCUCUAAAAACUGGGGUUUUGUCAAAUUCCACUGUUCUUGAGAAGGAUGAGAGCUAUUAUUCUGUUGAACAGUUCAAGGAGAAUAAGAAUAUCUUAGAUCAGUUACUUGAUGAUCCAUGUUGUGGUAAGGUUGAAAACCAAACCCGGGGUAUUGAGUUGUAUGAUGGGAAUAUUUCAGAGCACAAGUACUCUCCAAUUCCUAAUAUGGAUGAUGAGAGUCUUGAUUCUGAUUAUGAGAAACCCUCAUAUUCCUGUGAUAAUAAUAUGGAUGAACACAAUCUUGAUUUUGAUAAAAAAUCUGCGGAUUCAUGUGACUCUAAGAUGGUGAACAUUGGUUCUCCUCUUAUAGAUAGGGAGGAUUUUGAACACCAUCAAUACUCUCCCGUUCAUAAUAUAGAUGAUGAUAGGAAUCUUAAAUUUGAUGAAAAAGAUUCUAAAGUGGCGAUGGUUGAUUCAAAACAAGAGGAGCAAGAGGAGGAUGCUGAUUAUGAUGACGAGACUUCAGAUUCAGGUUCGGAUGGAGCAGAGAGUUCUUCCCCAGAUGCUUCACUGGCUGACAUCAUCCCGAUCCUUGAUGAACUCCAUCCUCUUCUAGAUGAAGACGAGAACAACCCGCAACCUGUUAAUGAUUCAGAUUCAGAAUCAGAUGAUGGGUAUGAAAACCAGGAAGUAGAAGAGAAAAUCCGCAAAGAACAAGCAGAAAUCAAAUCUAGAAUGAUUAUAUGGACGGAGGAGGAUGAGAAAAAUCUGAUGGAUCUUGGAAGCUCAGAGAUUGAGAGGAAUCAACGGCUGGAAAGCCUCAUUGCCCGUAGAAGAGCUAGGAUGAACAGGAGGAGUACAAUGGUUGAGAAGAAUUUGAUUGACUUCGAAAGUGUUUGUGAUCUUAUCCCAUUCAACAUUUCCCCCAUUUCAAUUCCAAAAAAAAAUCCUUUUGAUCUUGCUGCUGAUGAUAUAGGACUACCACCCAUUCCAGGGUCUGCCCCGUCCGUUAUGCUUUCCAGGUCCAACCCGUUCGAUAUCCCUUAUGACUCGAGUGAAGAAAAGCCUGAUCUAAUGGAAGACAGUUUCCAACAAGAGUUCAAGACUGCCAAAGAUCCAUUCUUUAGUGUACGCCCAUCAUUAUUCGUUCCAAUUAUACAAGAUAAGCGCUCGGAAGGAGCAAGCUAUCCACGGUUUCAAAGACAACCAAGUGAGCUUAGUGAGUCAAAAGUUAGUUCUAUUCCCGAAACCGAGUCAAACGAUUCAGCUAUUGAUUCAGAAGUCCAGAAUUUGGCUGAUGAGACUGAUGGUAUGUCAUGGAAAAGUGAAGAGAACGGUCUGGAAGUGGGACCAAGUCCAGCGGUUCCAGCCCAUGAAGGAUGUGCUUCUGCUGAAGCUUUGGAUCUCAUUGCAACUGAAAUUCAUUCACAGCCAGAAACUUCAAUAGGAGGGGCAGAUGUGGAUGAGAAUCAUCAAUACAGGGAGCCUAUGUAUGAUCUAAGUCCAACUGGAGUGGAAAAAAGAUCUUCAUCAUCCAUUGCUUCAGACGAUCAAGUGAAGGAAAUUAAGGAAAUGGAAAAGUCUACUCCUAUCAGUGAAGAAAUCUUAGCUAAUACAUGCUCCCAGCCAAACUCUCCCGGAUAUAAAUGUGCUGCUGCAGCAAUGUCAUUUCUUCAGUCUGAUGAUGAAUUGAGAUUGGUGGAUUCCAAAGACCAGACUGAAGUGCAGGAGACACCGCUUAUGUUGAUGGAAUCACCUAAGAAGGCAAGCGAUUCAAAUGUGUUAGAAAUGAGAGAUGUUGACGGUGAGGCUCAUUCUCCACCAUCUCAUGCGUUUAAUCAAAUGCUCCACACGGGUGAUGAUGGUCAAACAGACACAAAAGAGAGUUCUGUUAAUGAACUCGAAAAUGGUGACCACAUUGAUGUCUUGUCACCCCAUAAGUUUUUCAUGGAAGCAAUUGAUUUCCAUGGAAACAUGCAACACGUAGAUGACGAAACAGAUGACAUCAAGGAAAUCGACGAGAGGAUAUUAUCCGAAUUAGAUGCAGUUGGUGACUUCAGCUUCAAUGAACCGGUUUCUACAAGCUUCUCCAAUGAGUUUGAAAGUCUAUCCGUUCUACACAAUAUCGGCUCUGUCAGUCCGAGGUUUCUUGAAGAAAAAGAAAUAGAAGAAAAAGAAGACUCCAAUUUUGUUCAUGAAAAGUCAUUUCCAGUCCUCGGACCUUCUCUGUUGAACCAAAAUUCAAGUACAGAAGACGUCAACCUGGGAGCGACUCUAGUUGAAGAAGCAAGCUCACUGAAAGAUCCAGAAUCCAGUUAUGAAAACAAAGGGGUGCUUGAGCUAUCUGAGUUGCCUCAAGAAAAUGAAAAAUGUGAUCCUCUUGAUCAUCAUUUUCAUAUUGAUUCACCAUUUGAGCAGAUAGAUCACGAAGAACGUGAAAGACCCGACCUUCUUGAUCAGUCCACUCAUUCUGAUAUUGAUAACGAGAAGGCGCCUGUCAAUUCUGGGAGUCCGAGGAAUGUGAUACUGCAUGAACAUGUAACGUUAAUACAUAAUGAGAUCCCAUGUUCUCAAGAUAGAUUGGCUAAUAAAGUUGAACUGGAUACUGAAGGGAACUUAUCUGAAGAAAUAUCAUAUGAUGUACCCGAAAAGCUGGAUUGUGAAGUUAACUCAAAAGAUUCAAACUUCAUUACAUCUGUUGAAAAGGUUGAUCAAGAAGCUCCUAAGCAUGACGAUUCAAGUUAAGGAGAUGCAGACUCCUAAAAACUGGGUACAAGAUCAGGAGAUUCUGAUAAGGAAUGAGAAAGUGUGAUUUUUUUUGUGGGAAAAGGAAGAAUGAUGAAUUGGGUUUUGAUUUUUUUCCUAUUGAAUACUAGCAAGUCGCUAGUUACAUAAUUAUUUGUUUCUUUUUCUUUCAUUUUUUAUUCUUUUUUGUUUUGGUGUGUCUUGUCUGAAGGCUCUUGGGAUUAGUUUGGACUAUUCCAUUUGGUUUUCUGUUUUGGUUUCAUUUGUAUGUCGAUUUUUGAGAGAAAAGCAGUAAUGAGUGGCUAUUGCAAACUGUUAAAAUGUAUGCUGUUCAUAUAUACACUGUUAAUUUUAAUGUAAAGCGAGUGGUUAUAGCAUUAAAAAUCUCUACAAUUCUAUAGGGCAGGGCAUGCUUCUCUUAUGGAACCCCAAGAC